CAACCAUUCCACAUGGUGUAUGCUACCUUUCUUGACUGAAAGAGUCAAACUAUUUAUAGAAAAGUGAAUUUCAUGUAAUCAAUUAACUGAACGAGCCCUUGGAUUUGGCUUUUCCUCAAUCGUUUACUUUCAUCUUUAGCUGGAGAGAAGGUUAGAAGGAUAAUCUUCAUCUCGCAGCUUAGAUUUGCCGACUUGGAAGAAAAAAAAAAUUAAUCAGAUAUUUAAACCAGCAUAUUCAGGAUGCAGACUUCUGGAACUUUGUGGGAUUCGCACCCAAAAUUUCAGCACUCUUCCAAACACAAAGCAGAUCCUUCUUUCGAUUGACGCAAACCUUUCAGAAUUUCUCACAACAAAUCAAACUUAGCGGAAAAUCCAACAUCAAAAUUACUUAGUUCACAUUUAAUGUUCGACGUUAGCCCCGUGAGUUCAAAUCUUGGAGCUUCGCAAAAUCCAAAACCGGAUUUCCGACAGGACCAAAGCUCGGGUUCAAUUGCACCAUCUGUAGAAUCGCUCAGAAAAAAAAACACAAGCCUAAGAGUAUUGCAUCCAAACACUCCGUUACCCGGUAGAUGGUGGGGAUCACAACUGCAAGAAAAGAAUCCGUCGGGAUCAUCGAGGAUUCCGAAGGAAAAAAAAAACCCCUUUGCGAUUAAGAAUGCAAGUCUGACCCACCUUGACGACGAAAGUUCCAUGGAUGAAUUUUUUGAAACGGUAAAUGAGUUAAGCCUGCUGCAACAAGCGGAUCGCUUUUCAGAGUAUAGUCCUUUAAGCUCAGCUUUGGAGGACUUUGACCCUGAGAUCAGGCCACAUAUGACAGAGCCUUUGUUACCGGACGGCUCGCCGCUUAAUUUUUCGGCUAUCAAGCUGUGCCGAGGCGAAACCAACAUUUACUCAGCAACUCCUUUAGCCCGAGUAUGGGAGUUUAAUUCCGAUACCGACAAACAUGAAUACUCUAUCCUCAACAUUUUGGCUGAUGAGUUCGAAAAUUUGGACGAAGAUGCAUCCGAACCAAAACAAAGUCUCUGGAGCCAGUUUAGAAAAUUGACAGUUGGACUCAACGAGGACGAGUACAACGAGUGUUACCCUUGGGCCAAAUAUUGUAUCAAAAGUUUGCUGGACGGAGAAGAAGACUCCGAGUGAGUCAGGUGAAUAGCUAGGAAUAAUAUGCCUCGAGCGCAGCUGAUGCUGUUUUCUCGAAAUUAACCCUACUAAUUUCCAUAUGCUUCCACUUGGAACUUUCCUCGUUUAGUAGCGUUGUAGAACAGUAAAGAGAUGCUCCAG